GUUACAUUAUGUAUAACCUAAAUAGAAAUUACGAAUCAAAGUCCAAUAUUUAUCAUAUGUUGUUGACCUUUAUCCAAGAAUAUACAUUUUUCUCCAGUGAAAAUAGUUGACUAGUUGGGAUCAUUUUACAAAAAUGAGCAGAGUUGCUUUAAAACGUUUGGUUGGUAAAGUGGCAGUAGUCACAGCAUCAACAGAGGGAAUAGGAUUCGCCAUAGCCCAAAGAUUAGCAGAAGAAGGAGCAAAAGUCAUUAUAAGCAGUAGAAAACCAGAAAAUGUUGAAGCGGCCACGAAGAAACUGUUGUCACAAGGUUUGGAGGUGAAAGGUCUUACUUGCCAUGUUUCAAAACCUGAGGACAGAAAGAAACUUUUUGAAGCAGCACAAAAGCUUGGAGGUCUUGAUAUACUGGUAUCGAACGCUGCAGCCAAUCCCACAGUUGGAGGUAUUCUGGAUUGCUCUGAAUCGUCAUGGGAUAAAAUCUUUGACGUCAACGUAAAAUCAUCUUUUCUACUAGCCAAAGAAGCUUAUCCCUUACUGAAAGAGAGCCGAGCUGGAAGAAUAAUAUUUGUGUCUUCAAUUGCCGGCAUGAACCCUUCGGAAUAUUUGGGAGCAUACGCUGUAAGCAAAACGGCCUUGUUGGGAUUAACGAAAGCAGUAUCCCUGCAGCUGGCUCGUGAUAAUAUCACUGUGAAUUCUAUUUGUCCGGGCCUCAUUAGAACAAAGUUCUCAGAUGCCAUAACUUCCAAUGAGGUGUUUGAGGAGGCUGCACUGGCAAAUAUUCCUUUGAACAGGGUUGGUGAAGCAGUUGAGAUGGGAGGUGCCGUAGCUUUCCUUGCCUCUGAAGAUGGAUCAUAUGUAACUGGAGAGAAUCUGGUAAUUGCAGGAGGAAUGCCUUCGAGGUUGUGAGGUUUUUAAAGAGUGGCAAACAUUUCCAGUCAAAAAUAUUUUAAUCUCAUUUUUUACUUGGAGGUUCUUCUCAGUGAGGUUUUUGAUUUGGAUGCUUUUGUAAAAUAUUACUACCACAUUCAGCAUUGGAUUUGGUUAUUCUUAGGAAGUCUUCAAUUGGAGUUCACUAAAUGCCCAAAACGUUACAUGCAAUUACUUUACUUAUACAGUAAACAAUAAAAACAUACUUUCGUGA